AUGACUGAAGUGAAAUGUUUAAGGGGAGAAUCUGGUGAUUCAGUGCUCGACUGGUCUUGUAAAGGAGAGGAUGAGGAGUUCAACAUUUGUGGACGCUGUCAGUCGUGUGUCCUCUCUGAGAAACUGCACCACUCCACCCAAUGGAUGAAAAAGGCUGGAGGAUCAUCCCAGAGGAGGUUUCUCACUGGCAUCCUGGUGUGGUGCCACAAUCUUCAAAUCCUGGAGAAUCUUCAGAGUGUUUUACAAGUCACAUCAGGCAAGGAUUUCACAUAUGCCAGGUCCAGAGGCCAGCUCAGCCGACCCGAGGACUCUAUAUGUACAAUGUAUGGAGCACUGGACACAAAACUGAAAGGAAUGGACAUGUUGGAAACUUGGGAAUGGUUUAGGAAGAGCCCAGACUGGAUCAAGUCCAAGUAUGUGCUGGGGCUCUUGUCUUUAUGUGACACCUCUCUUUUGCACAUGUUAGGAAAUCUGGUGCAUAUCCUGAUUGUUUGGGAGAAACACAAAUUUCUAAAAUUCAGCAGUCCUGAGUCACGAGUCUCCUACCAUUCAGAAUCUGACCACACAGAUCUAGAUCUUCUCAUCCAAGCAUGUUCUGUAUAUGAGCCAGCUGACCUGCCUCAAGCUCACCAGGGCUGUCAAACAGAGCUUUCAGAACAGUGGCUUUUGGAUAAGGUCUCACUGUACAGCUGCAGGCAUGUGUCCAUGCACUGGCAAUGGCUAACGGAGGAGGUCUUAACCGAGUUGGAAGUAAAGAAGAGUGUUGAGAAACAGGCCAUGACUCUGCAGGGUAACUCAGCGUCUAAGGUCAACCCUGUUUAUGCAAAGAUCUGUGAAGUUGUAGUGCCAAUCAGUGAGGAGGACAAGCAUGUGCCCAAACAUAAGCUGUUACAAGAGCAGGAUUUGGAUUCUAUCUACAAAGGCUUUAAAACCAAGACAGUCCAAUUGGAAGAACGCAACGUGUACUGUGGAGUGUAUAACAUAUCAGUCCUGUUGGAAAGAGAAGAUCCCAGUAGAGUGAUGCAUUAUGCUGGGGGGCAAUUAUUGGCGGUUGGCUCCAAGGACCGUAUAAUCAGGUUGCUGCAUGUCCCAUCACUAAAAGAGAUUCCUCCAGUGAUCCAAGGACAUGCAGGUAGUAUAAGAGCAGUGCUGGUUUGUGAAGAGAGAGACCUAGUUAUCAGCGCCAGCUAUGACCUCAGUAUCAGGUGCUGGAAUCUGAAGACAGGUGUAUGUAUGAUCAUUUUUCAUGGACAUUUUGGGACUAUAAACUGCCUGGAUUUGUAUGAAGAUAGACUGGUGUCUGGAGCCAAAGACUGUAGAGUUAAAGUGUGGAACCUACGGACAGGGAAAUGCGUUGAGAAUCUGAAGUUUAAACACCUUAAACCAAUCAUGUGUGUGAAGAUUAAUGAAACACUGGUGAUCAGCAGCUGUGCUGGAGGUCAGAUCAGAAUAUGGAGCAUGGAGACAGCAUCACUAAUAAGGCAAAUCAGUGGCCACCAGGGGGCAGUGCUGUGUCUGUGCAUCAAUCAGUGGCAUAUCCUCUCUGGGGGUUCAGAUGGGGUGGUCAAGGCAUGGAGCACCAACUCUAGCUUCAAGAAGUGCCUGAGGAUCUUCCAGCAUCCGAAAGAGGUGUUGACCAUGUCUUUCCUGUUCCUGCGGAUCAUUACUGGCUGCAUGGACGGAAAGAUCCGGAUCUUCAACUUCUUAACUGGAGACUGCCUGAGAGUUAUUAAGACAAACAUGAAGCAAUGCCCUGUCCUUUCUCUGCACACGCACCACAACACUGUGGUUGUAAACAACAGAAGCAGUGUUCUGAUGCUUCAGUUUGCGGAGGUUCACUGGGACUACUCUGCCAGUGCUGUGAGGAAUUUUUUUGAGCAGUCCCACGUCUCCCCUGAGAAUGUGCUUCGGAGUGCUGAACGGAUGACUCGUGGGAGCUCAUCUAGACAAAAAAGUCGUUCCCACCAUUUUAAGAGCCUCUCAACCCCCAGUAUGCAGCGUGCACAAGCUUUAGAUGCUCAGCAGGAGUCCACAAAGCCACUCCAGGCUUGUCGUCCCAGCAGGGCCUCCAUCAGCCCACAGUCUGAGUCCCAUGCCAGGCCUCGAUCUGUUCUUUCAGCAGGUAGGCCUGUCAGUGGAUACAAGGACUUUCAAAACAGAGUCAGCCAGAGACAAAGCACUUCCACCAGCAGCUUGGAUAAGAAGACUUUUGACACCAAACGUUCAGUACUCAGCCAGAGUGAGAAGGCAGCCCGAGACAGGGUGAGAAAGCGAGGUCCUCACCACCCAAUGACCCAAGACCUAAUUCUACUAAGGACCAGCAGCGCCCAGCAGGGCCGGUACAGUGACCUGGCAAGGUCCAACAUGGAGCUGAAUGCCAGAGUACGAGAUGCCUGGGGACCUGAUUCCUCCAAAGAGCCAUCAUUUCAAACCACCACCAAAAAAACCUCCGAAAUCCAUACCCCCUUCACUACCCAUAGCGUUGACCUCAGCCCUCAGAGCUCCUCACAGUCCAGACAGACCUGCUUCACACCCCACUCCCUUCCCAAACAAUCCCAGAGAUCAUUCAAAGUAGUUAGGCCUAGAACAAACCAGACUGGUCCACUGAAUACGACUUCCUCUGAAGAUGGCAAGACACCACAACGAUUGUUUAUGAGGCGAACCUCCAUGCCCACACAUUGCAAUGAAGAUUUUGAAAUGACCAACAAGUCCAGUUCAUAUCACGUCCCACUAAACCCCUUCAGGGAGCAUGGAGACUUUCAGCUGAGGACGGACACUCAACUGGAGGCUUACAUUCAGGAGUGUACCAGACAGCAGCAGAUUCACAAACAUGGCAGUGGUGAUGACCAAGGUAAAACUAUUUGGAAGCGCAGUCAUUGUCAGCAAUAAGGUACUAAAAUCUAAAGGCAUGACACUUUUGUCAUAGCUAACCAGCCAUAACUGAUUUCUCAGUUUAAAAAUUUGAACUCUAUAGAGGUAACAUAUAUAACAACGUAAUACAAUAUUUAAAAUGUUAUGUUGCAUUUGGUUGAAAAUGUAGUUUAAGAGGGUAACUCGGUUUAGAACAUACAGUGGCAACUGGUCCAAGCUGAUCAUUAGCUAGACCAUUUGGGACCAGCAACAAACCAUCUACCAGGUGGUUAAGCUGGUUUUUGAAACAUGGUGGUUGUUCUACUAAUAACCAGGUAGAAACCAUGUUCCAAAACACAGCUAUAUUGAUGGAUGUAGCAUUAUAUCUAUGCAAUUUGAGCUUAUUAGUGCCAUGUCUUUCUUUUGUGGCUUUUUUGUAUGCUUGAACAUGUUUGCUAGGGGGCAGCAAAGUACAAGUUAAAAUGUCCCAUGUAGUUCAAAUGUCCCAUGUAAAUAUUAAU